CGCGCGCGACAUAUUGCGGCCGCAGCAUCCGUCCGAGUAGUUGUGCAGCGCCAAGUUCCAUAGCAAGACACAGUGUCUUCGGCGUCCAUUUUUCACCGGCGCCCUGUGUUGGAUGCGGCAUCGCACCUCUCGAGCCGCAAUCAGCGACCACUUGCACAACAAUAGUUAAUUAGCCGCGCAACACCGGCCGCAUUAUGCUCGUUACCGCGUUCCUCCUGUGGGGCUGUCUGCACGCCGUGGUCGCCGCCCCGGAGGUCGAGCUGAUCACCGAGCCCAGACCCGGAGAAGAGUAUGUCCAUUUCAAAGCUUCUCUGGGCCCCUCGGGCCGCAAUCUCAACGUCUUUGUCAACAACGCCACAACCGCAGCCCCUCUGACUACCAACACGGAACAAGAAACUACAGGACCCACCACUUUCCAAACCGACGCCAUCGCCAACACCGAUGCGCCCAAGGAAACUGUUGAGGUGCAAACCGAGGUUUCGGUGGUCAUCAGCAAGGAAAUGCACAUCAACGGCAGAAUAAUCAAGCAGGAGCAGCACAAGAAGAUGGAAAAUGUCCAGAUCGUUCCUUCCAACGCUGACAAAUUUGAGACUAGUCACAAUAGGGAGCACGCGGCUAGCGAAGUGGUCGAGUUCAAAUCCGAGGCCGAAAUCGGCCUUUUGAACAGGCCCACCUUCGAGGGCAAGCGCGGAGACUCCUUCACCGUGCCUGCUGGAAAAUUCCAGAGCAUUGACAAGUCUCAACACACUGCUGCCGUCGCACACCUGACCGACCUUCCUCCAUUCAACAUCCUGUCCAGCGGAUCUCGCAAGCCCUCCGAAGGACACGACAUCAUUGCCAAAGGCUCGAGCAGUCAUCUGCCUUUGGAAACCGCCGGAUCGCAAACCCAGUCGUCCAGAGUCAAUGUGAAAAAGGCUCCCAAUGGCCAGGAGUACGAGUACGAAUACAUUUACUACUACGACGACGAAGAAAACCCCGAAGGAGAGAGUGUUGAUCUGGAAGAGGAUUUGACCAAGCCUGUCGAAUUGUCUUCAACGACGACAACCACCACCACCACGACCGCGGCACCCACCACUGCUGGCUACAGGAACAGAUAUUUGCCCACCGAGGCUAUCCCCGAGGACAUCCCCUCUAAAAAGGAGGAAGGUCGCUACACCACCAUCAAUAGGGGAAGGGGACAGCACCGUGCCGAGCCCGUCGAAUACCAAACUGAAGUUCCUUUCGUCAACGAAAUUAACGCUCCAGUCAGGCACUCUGGAAGACAGUUCGCUACUUCUGCACCUGAAGAGCCGGAAGAGGAGCGACUGCCCGUGGUCACCAGGUUCCCUCCUCGCGCCAUUCCCGGCGUAGAACCCAACGCCCCUGGCCGCGUGCGCCCCAGCCUCGAGUUGGUGGACAGCAAUUCCUUCAGGACCGGCGCCGCAGCCCCCGCCGACUCGACCAGCGGCGGAAACAGGUUCACCGCCGAGGCAGAGGAAACUUUCGUUCCUCCUGCCAAGACUCGCGUCCGAUCAACCACCACAACGACCACUUCUACCACCACCACCACCACCACUGCGGCCCCGGAAGUCCCAGCCACCGAUCCCCCUUCAACUGACAGACCUCACAAGGCUGCCUACGAUUUGGCCGCUCUUUACGCCACCAUUCAGAAUGCUGAUGACCAGAGGGCCAAUGAAGUCAUCGAACCUGCCCAGAAUGACGAAAUUACCACUCAGCAAAUUGAAGAAGAACUCACCACCCUCCCCGUGACUGAAGCUCUCCCCUCCUCUACAACAACCACCACCACCACAACCACUGAAGCUCCUUCCACCACCGAAGGUCGCACCAGAGGACGCAUCAGACCAGGUGCAGGUUCUUCGAUCAGGAAACAGCCCGGCCACCUUGACAGGUCCAGGGCCAGGAAGCCAGUUGUUGCCGAAGCUACGUCGACCGCCGCUCCCGAGACCAAGACUAGGGAAAGCAACAAGUUGCUCAGCACCAGGAACAGGCCUCGCCAGCGAGGUUACGCCUCCUCCCUGUCCACCACUGCUCCCUCCGAAGAAGAGGUCGUCAAGGACAGCGCUUCCCCGGUUGCGAACGCCGCCCCCAGUUUUGCCUCCAAGACCAGGACAAACAGCAUCAAAAACGCCAUCCAGAGGCCCAGCUUCCCAAGACGGAGGGGACCUCCCAGCAGGACAACCACGGCUGCACCUGCGGAAGCUGGAGAAGAAGCUCACGUCGAGGGAGAGCCCAUUAAUGUCGAACUGCAGCCCUCCGUUUCCACCACCUCAACCAGCACCACACAAAAGCCCAGAAUCCUUGCCAACAGGCCCAGAUCUCCCCUCCUUCUGAGAAAUAGAAACAGACCUGGACAAGUUCAGUCUACCACAGCCGCUCCCGCUUCAAGUGAGCAGGCUAAUGAGGAAGUCCCUGCCCCCGAAGUUGCAGCCGAAACCUCAGCAGAAGCUGCCCAACCUCCACAGGACGAAAGUAGCCAAGCGCAGAACGCCACGACCGCCGCCCCCACAGGGCUGAACCGCCUCCGCAAAAGGCCGAACCUGUUGGUGACCGAGAAGCCGCGCAAAGCGUCCCCGGUGCAGCAGAGCCCAGUGAGCAGGAGGCAGCUGCUGGCCAGGCCCAGGAGGCCCAGCCCUCUGGCCGCGACCACCGCCGAGCCCAAGGCGUCGACGGAAAGCGAGGUCGGCGCCACCAACAGCGAGGAGGAGCCGAGCCAAGAGGCCGAGGCGGCGCCCGUGGCCGCCACGACUGCCUCCACGGCCGCCCCCGAGCCGCAGACAACUGAGAGUCUGGUCAGCUCGUUGAUCAAAAAGCGCGCUGGCAGGAAACCAGGCCCACACUUCCGCGCCAGAAGUGCCCCUAGUGAAUAAGAAGAGCAGGAACGGUUGCCAUAAAAGUGAAUGUUUAGAGUUUAAGUUUUACUACUUGCGCGCGCUGAGAGAAUAUGAUGACUACUUUAUUUAAUUCUUAAUUUUAACGAGUUUGUAGAAGUUCGCUUGCUGGGUGAUACCAAUAAAAAGGAUGUAAGUUUUAAUUUAGACAGAGUCGAAAGAAAGUUGAAGCGAAAGUUUUUGUGUUUUCUUACUCACUAGACAUAUAAAUAGUUACCUUGCUAUUGCUAAA